ACUCUGAAGAAUUUUGUGGUGCGGCCAUAAGUGUGCACCAACUGGAAGCAAUGGAUAGCUGGGAGCAACAUGCACGCCAUGCAUAUGAGCUGUUUGAGAAGGAUGGAAACAGACCUAUUAUGAUAGAAGAACUUGCCUCAGAACUUGGACUCAGCCCGUCAGUACCAGUUCAUGUAGUUCUCCAAGACUGGAUAAGACACUCAGAUGGGAAACUCAGUUUCUUGGGAUUUGUCAGACUUCUGCAUGGAGGUUUGUCUUCGCACAUAUCAGAAGACUUGAAAUAAAAAGCAAGCUACAAA